AACUAUUAACAGAUUUUAAUAUAAUGUAUAAACUAAGUCAUUAUUAAUCUUUUCCUGAAUUUCCUUCUAAUUGUGUUAUAAACUGCGUGGAAAAGUUAUCAGUGUCAAUUUUGGAAGUUAUGAUUUUCUAAAAGUGUUCAACGUUUUUCUAAAGACUGACUAAAAAGAAAUCGAACUCUUACAAUAUUUUAAUAUAAUGUGUAAACCAAAAACCAUAAAUUUCCUCCUAAUUACAAUAAUUUUAAUAAAAAUGUGCAACUCUUCAUCCCCUGUCGCCUAUGGGCAGUGUCUACUAAGUGAAGAAGACACUGGACAGCCCAGAAAAUGCGAGUCGCUCUGUGUCCAAAAAUUGAAAUCCGAUGAAAAUCCUUCGAAUUUGGCCAAAAAAUAUAAUCAGAAUGAUAAAGGAUAUUCGGAUAAUUAUGCUGAUCAGUAUCAGGAUCAUGAUUUAGAAGGAAAUGCUACGAAUUUUAGUAAAAAUGCUUACGAAUGGGUUUGCGAAUUAAGGGCUGCUGUUCUGUUGCCGAAUAAUACGAAUUAUGAUGCUGCCAGGCCGAAGGUUCUGCCCGUGUUAGAGUUGGCCCUCCAGAAUGCCUACGAGAUGGAACUGAUUCCCCGUUUCGUCAGGUGGAAGUUCAUCCACCGGGACGACGCCUGCGACUCGACGAGGGCGCAGGCGGCAGCAGGAAUCGCGGUCGCCCGAGACUGUGCCCACGUCCUCUUCGGCCCUGCCUGCGACUACGCACUCGCUUCGGUGGCUCGAGUGAUAAAGUACCAGCAAACGUAUGGAACGCCCCUGCUGACCGUUGGGGGGCUCACCUUUGAUUUUUCCGAAAAGAAAACCGAAUGUAAGGACGAAUACUAUAUGCUGGUCAGGACCGGAACAGUCGGAUUCAGGGACUACGCCUUUUUUGUCAUGGACUUAAUGAAAAGGUAUAAUUGGAGAAAAGUCCUGGCGAUCUACGAGGUGGCUGGCCAGUCCCACGUGGCUGGCAAACACACCUGCCACCUGAUGAUGAAAACUCUUGUCGAAUACCUGAAGAAGGACACGAACCUGACUUUUAGCGCCUGGGACACUUCCCAGAACGCGCACAACACUAUUAAGGAAAAUUUGAAAAUCGAAAUGGGAAUGUCUUACACAGUUGCUGUCCUGUGCGCGAGCCCAAACACAAUUCGCGAGAUAAUGUUGGCAGCUGAUGACCUGAACAUGGUUGGGAGUGGUGAAUACGUGUUUUUCAAUAUUGAAUUGUAUACGAGCAUGACUAGCGCUUCUCUUAAGCCCUGGUACAAUCCGCAGGAUUCUGAUGAGAAUAAUGUAAGGGCCAGGAGGGCUUAUGAGGCUCUACUGACCGUCACGGCUCAAACGCCGGAUGACCAGCAGUACAGGGAAUUCAGUCAGCAGGUGAAGUCCCUGUCGAAAUCGAAAUACAAUUACACGUUCAACGAACAGGAGCCCCUGAGCACCUUCGUGACCGCCUUCUACGAUGCGGUCACCCUCUACGCCCGCGCCCUCAACGCCUCUCUGGCGGACAACCGCACCACCGAUGGUGGUGGUACGGAACCCAAUUACGAAAUACUGGGAAGACCUUUGAACGGGUCAGACAUCACCAGGAGGAUGAGGAACGCCAAAUUUAAAGGAAUUACUGGAGACGUGAUUAUUGACUCAAAUGGUGACAGGCUCUCCGACUAUUCCUUACUGGAUAUGGAUCCUGAAACUGGAAUGUUUGAGGUUGUGGCAAAUUACAUAGCUUCAUCCAGAGUGUUAGAGUUCGUCCCUGGCAAAAAGAUUCAUUGGCCCGGCAACAGACUAAAUCCGCCUCUGGAUUCGCCUGUAUGCGGAUUCGAUAUGAGUUUAUGCCCAGAUAAUUCUCUGCCCGGAUAUGCCAUUCUGAGUAUCGUAUUAUCAUUUGUACUAUUUAUAGUACUAAUCGGCGCCGUCUUGCUCUACAAGCGUUACCGGGACGAGGCCGACCUGCUGUCCAUGUCCUGGAUGGUCGACCAUCGUCAGAUCAUUCCGAUCUCUUCCGUAAGCAGCCGACAUCCCACGAGGGGCAGCUGCAUGACGCUCACGGCGGCGGUCAACAAUCCAGAUGUGUUGAACAACUGUGCUGACCCGCUUUACGGAAACAAUUCCGGGAAUCCGGCAACAGCCGGAGGAAUGCCCAGAAGAGGAAGCCAAAUUACUACAUAUUCCUUAGAUUUGUUUGCUGCUAAAAAUCAGAACAGUGGUCGCCAACUUUUUUGUAAGGUUGCGGUUUACAAGGGCGUUCGAGUUGCUCUGAAAUCUCUGCCGCCUGUAAAAACGAAAAUUGAAAUAACGAGACAACUGAAGAUUGAACUCAGAAAUCUGAAACAUCUAUCCCAUGAUCAUCUAACCAGGUUCUAUGGGGCCUGCUUGGACCCUCCAGAGGGUCCUGGUUUGCUUCUAACCGAAUAUUGUCCAAGGGGGUCCUUGCAGGAUAUUUUGGAAAAUUGUCAAUUGGAAUUGGAUUGGAUGUUUCGGAUUUCUCUUAUGCAAGAUAUUGUCAGAGGAAUGUGCUAUCUACAUAAUUCCGAUAUUAAAUCUCACGGGACCCUGAAGUCCUCAAACUGUGUAGUCGAUUCGAGAUUUGUGCUGAAAAUUACGGAUUUUGGACUUCAUGCCCUCAGGAGCCCUGGGUCAAAUUGUUUGGAUAAUUCUUCAGGAGAGGAGAAAAAAACUAAAACUGAUGGAGAAAGUCAUUCCAGAAGAUACAAGAACAAAACUGUUAAUAGUUACAAGUGGAGGAAUAAAAAUUAUAGAAGAAAUAGUGUUGCUUCGAAUAGCUCCAAAUGGUGGUCCAGUCGACAAGAACGUUCCUCUCGUUGGUGGAAAGACAAAUCAGGAGUCACAGAUAUCGAAGACACCUUAUCAGCAUCCACCCCGAGACAUCAUAAUGGAUCCCUAUCAACAGAUUAUGAAACAUCUUACUACGAUGACAGAUUUAAUAAGGAGAGUCAUGUGUAUUGGAAACAGUUUUUGUGGACUGCUCCUGAAUUGUUGAGAAUGGAUUCAUCAAAAAGGCCUCCAGCUGGAACACAAAAAGGAGAUGUUUAUUCGUUUGCAAUUAUUGUUCAUGAAAUUGUUACGAGGAAUGGGGCAUUUUAUAGAGACGAUGAUAUGACUCCGAAAGAGAUCGUCGAAGGCGUAAGGCGCGGCCCCAAAACUUCAUCCCUCGGUUCCAGCCCUGGGUCCCCCAAUCCGCUCGGGGGCUCCGUGUCUCCCAACAGCGCCGUUCUCUAUCACAAUCAUAACAGCGGAGCGUCGGGCGGUCACGGCCCCAAUGCCCUGCAGCAGCGCCCUCAGCAAGCCGGGGGCGCCCUCGUAAGACCCACAAUCGUCGAGGGCACCGAACAACAACUGACGGAGAUAAUGAAUCAUUGUUGGAGCGAGGACCCCAAUCAUAGGCCCGACUUUAAUAGUCUCAAGAGCACUGUGAGGAGAUUAAACAAGGACCAGGAGAGUGGAAAUAUCCUGGACAACCUACUGUCUCGUAUGGAGCAAUAUGCGAAUAAUUUGGAGACUUUGGUAGAAGAGAGGACCAGGGAUUACUUCGAGGAAAAAAGAAAGUGCGAAGAGCUGCUUUAUCAGCUACUUCCUAAGACAGUGGCGUCCCAGUUGAUUUCGGGCGGCGCAGUGGCGGCCGAAACUUACGACGAGGUGACCGUCUACUUCAGCGACAUCGUCGGCUUUACUAAAAUGUCGGCCGAAAGCACGCCCAUGCAAGUUGUGGACCUUUUGAACGACCUCUACUCUUGUUUUGAUUCCAUUAUCGAAAACUUCGAUGUUUAUAAGGUGGAGACGAUAGGCGACGCCUAUAUGGUUGUUUCUGGUCUGCCAACCAGGAACGGCAGCAGACACGCUUCCGAAAUUGCCCGCAUGGCCCUGGCCCUGCUCGGCGCUGUAGACAAAUUCACCAUUCGACAUCGGAGGGACGAAAAACUGUUGCUCAGAAUCGGAAUUCAUACAGGUCCAUGUGUGGCUGGAGUGGUGGGUCGAGUGAUGCCCCGAUACUGCCUUUUCGGUGACACUGUAAAUACUGCAUCAAGAAUGGAAUCGCAUGGUGAACCACUAAAAAUACAUGUCAGUCCGUUCACAAAACGUCUGUUGGACAUCAUGGGCGGAUUUUUGUUGCAGGAAAGAGGAGAAGUCAGCAUGAAGGGCAAACCACCCAUGAUUACAUAUUGGCUUUUGGGAGAAGCCCCAAUACCUCCCUCGACUGAUACCAGCAUUCAAAAUGCAACGAGUGAGAAGACUGUUUUGGAAAAUAUUGAUGUUAAGGAUUCAAAAAGUGACUUGGAAAACCCACAAGAUAUUUGCGAUUUAGAAUUCUUCACCAAGGACGAUUUUUGUGAAGUCGAAAUACAUGAUGAAACUUCAACUAAACACAAGAAUAAAUGCGUAAGAUUUCCUGGUUUGGCGACUCCAGAAAUCGUGUGCAGCGGACCUGGUGAAGAAGAUUUCAAGUUUGAUAAGAAUUUAGCCAGAGUGAAUAAAACAGAAAAAAUUAGAAGUUACAGUGCUAAUUAUGAGCCCACCAAGAUAUCCCAAAGUAGAAAAGACUUUUUUGAACCUAAAUCUGCAGAAGAUUUAAAAAAUGUUAACUUUACCACGCAAGGAGACUGGAACAAAAACCCACAUGAUCCAAAUCGUCCAAAAUCAGAACCUAUAUCUAUUCCCAAUUGUGAUCAAAAUAAACAAAAUUUAGAUGGCAACAUCACACCGAAGAAAUUUACAUCGCCCAAGCAUUUAAAUUUUGAGAAUUUAGAAUUGCAAAACAUAAAUAGUCAAAAAUACAACGACACGGGUCAGAAUUUUGAUGAACACAAAGGAGCAUGCUGUGAAGAUGAAAAAAGCCUGGCGGGUAAUGAGGGUGAAAGGAUUUUUUCAGAAACUCAUAGCAUAUUGAAAAAUAAAUUAAGUUUGAACAAUAAUAAUAAUAAUUUGAGGAAAACGCAACAGCACGUCAAGGACGAAAGUGCAAUGCCUUUGUUAGAUAAGUGAAAUAGUUUUAGGAAAAAAUUAAUGGAGAAUUAUAAUUAUUGAACAAAUAGAAUAUGUUUUUUCCAAAAUCUCUUACACCAGGCACCACUGUCUGACUGAGAUAUAGAAAAUACAUAUUAAGUUAAUAAAGUGCAUAAAUAAUAAUCAGAAAUUCCUACCACGUUUAUGCUCUUUAUUAUUAAAUAAAUCUAUCGGUGAAUAUUACUCACAUUCAAUUCUUGAUAGAACAUGGAAAAAUGACAAACGAUUUAUAACAAAAUCUUAUGCAGUUAAUUUAUUAUCUACUGUAAAAAACAAAGUUUAAACUUUAUCGAUUGGCAUGUCAUUUGGUCAAUACUGUAUUGUUUUUUAAAAAGCUAAUUCGACCAAAAAAACAGGGUUAUAUGAUGAUGAAAAUUAAAAUGUAUAACCAAUUAUUACAUCUAGAAGAUUCAAGAAUAUUUAGCCUUCUUCUGUCUAAAUACUUAAGCCAAAUCUUUAUAUAUAUUAUAAA